AUGGCUAGACUAAACGAACCCCCUGUGUCUACGGACAGUCUUGAAACGCUUCGAAAGAAGCUUCUACGCCAAAACCGCGAUCUCGCCAAAUCAAACAAUAUUCGCGCUCUUCGCAUCCGAGAACUUGAGAAUGACUGCGCUUGCAUGCUAUCCGAGAACCUCGAGCUUCGAGGUCGUAUCUUGGAACUAGAAAAGGAGCUUGAAGACAAUGACUCUCGAAGAAUUGCUGACCAUGCACUCGCAAUCAAAGCCAAGUUGGAAUCCCAGCUUACCGAAUGGGGCGCCCUUCUUGCUGGUCUUGGUCUUGAGCCUCCUAUGAAGCGACACUCCCCACGCCCGCGAAAGUCAACAAAGCCAAGAUUGAGCUUCAGCUCUACCCGACCUAGCCCUUCGCAACGACGGUUACGAGACAUUGCCCGUGAGAUUGAGGAGUUGGGGCACAUUUCGGAGACCAAAUCCUAUCCAAGACAGUCCAUGAACCCUGAGCAAAUCCUGGCACUGCGGUCAGAAGCUCAUGCUGACGAUAUGGCUGAUGCCUCUCAAUCACCUGAACUUGGACCCCCGCCCGUAUCACAAUUUAUCGAAACAGAGGACGAAGAUCCAGUCAAGAUCGACUCGCCUUCCCCUUCCCGGUCUGCUCCAUCACCUGUAUACGUACAAGAGAGCCCCAGAACGAAACUUGCGCCACCCGAAACUUUCACAUCACCACAAACUGCCAAGGUGCUUCCCAGACCAACUUCACCAGAGAAGAAGCGAACAGAGGAAAUUACCAAGCUCCAACAACCGAAAUUGAUGGAGGCGAAACCCCUGGCUGCCAGGCCCAUCGAUAUCAAAACCGUGGAAACAUCUAUGGAACCCCCUGCGGCCGAGUACCAGCAAAUUAAGAUAGGAUCAAAGAGGAAGCUAGCCGCUAGGGACGACAUGGUUACAAUUAGAUCACAGAGAAACAACGAUGAGAACGAAAACCCCCGAAUUCCCCACGAGAAACGACCGAUUCGCGAAAAAGCCGGAGACCGAACACUGAAGGAUAUUUCCGGUAUGAAGAAGGAUUCACGUGAGAAAGCGAGCGCCACGGGUACAAGGAAACCUCUAUCAGCAAAGAGUACGAACGACGACAUGACUUCACCAAAGAAAAUUUCCAAGACAGUUAGCACCGACGAGAUCGCUGCGGCUAAAGCUGAUCUUGUCAGACCCAAGACUACUCAAGAUCGGCCCAAAUCCAGGUCCAGGUCGCUUGCUCCUAUUACCAUUGAGCCUGUUCAAAACCUUGAGCCCACAGCCCCCGAAGUUGUGGACGUGCAGUGCGAGCUUGCAACACCUUACACAGAACCCUCGCUCCUCUCCCUACAUUCGCCAGAUACCACUGCUUCAAAGGAUACAGGACGAGGAGGAACCCCACCACCUGGUGAUGUCAACGCGAGCCGGGAGCCUGCAAGACCCAGCCGACGAAACAGGACUGCAGUCAGCUAUGCUGAGCCUAACCUCAGAGAUAAGAUGCGAAGACCUACAAAGGAGAUGCUUGAUGCUGUCGCAGGAGAGGGUAAAUAUGCCCGGCGCUCAAGCGCAGCUGAGCAGGCUCCAGAGACCGGCAAGGCGAAGCGUGAGAGUGGUACCGAAGGCUCAUGGAAGGAAUUACCCAGUGUCAACACGGCGAGUGCAGAGAACGAACCUGGCAGUAUUCCUGCUAGUCCUUUGGCCGGAAAGUGCCUAAGCCCUGAGAUCGCUAAGAACAUGGCCAUUCGAAGCGGUAGGUGCAGCUCUAUGACGAUACAAGAUUUAGUUGCGAGCAGUGAAACCUCGCAUGAAGAUGGCAAGGAUGAAACAGCAUCCGACACAACCGGCCUUAGCGAAGUCGACAUUUACGAAUUCACGCCCUCAUCACCACAGUCUGAAGAACAAGCCCCUGUCAGGAAUAAGAGAAAGACCGCCAGUCGGUCAACUUCACGGCGCGUCUCAUCCACUGUUCAUGACGAAGAGAGUUUUGAAGCCAGGGAGCGUGCCUCAUCAAGACGAAGGAGUAUGAUGCUGUAA